CGUCUAUAUAUUUUCCUCAUUGAGCUAAACUAUUGGUGGAGUGAUCACUGAUCAGUGGUAGUUCAGUAAUCAGUAUGGACUUCACCAAGGAAGUUGUAGUUCCCGCGGCGCUGUCCGAGAUUCUUGGACGGAUUUUCUCCUUCCUGUUUGAUAACUUCUAUCGGCCGGCGCCCGGCGCCCGGGACGUGCACCGGAGGCGGCUGGAGCAGCUGCUGGGCAACAUCGGCAGCAUGGUCGAGGAGGCGGAGGGGCGGCACAUCACCAACCAGCAGCUCCUCGCCCACCUUAAGGCGCUCACCGUGGGGAUGUACCGCGGACGCUUCGCGCUCGAGGUGACCGACCUCGACGACGUCAAGAACGCCGUCGGCAACGACAACGGCGACGACGGUGACGCCGUAAACGCGGGCGGGCGCUCAUUCGCGUUGUCUUCGUCGUUCAACAGCGCGAAGCGUGCCCGCGUCAUGAGCUUGAUCUUGGGCGGCGGCGGGGGCGGCGGCGACGAUAGGACGGAGAGGCUGUCCGCCGUCAUCGAGGAGCUGGAGAGCCUGACCCGCGACUACAUGAGGGAGUUCAUCAUGCUGGUGCAAGGGUACCCUCGGAAGGUGCACCGGCCGGUGAGGACGACGCUGUACAUGGACCGGUGCGUGUUCGGGCGGCACGUCGAGAAGGAGCGCAUCGUUGACUUCCUGCUGCAGCGCACGCUCAGUGGCCGCGCGCCGUACCUGAGCAUGCUAGCAGUCGUCGGCGCCAAGAAGGUCGGGAAGACCACACUUGUCAAGCACGCCUGCGACGACGAGCGCGUGCGCGACCACUUCGCACGCAUCGAGUGGUUCGAGACGCCGGAGGUCGUGCGGGCGGGCGGGCGCCCGGACCAGACCAUGUGGGAGAGCGACGGGCCGGAGUACUUCGCCGGCGUGCGCCGCAUCCUCGGCGAGCCGCGGUUCGCGGCUGGGCGGUCCCUGCUCGUGUUCGAGGACGCCUGGCCCAUCGACGAGGCGGCCUGGAGCGCGCUGGCGGCCACCCCAAGCGCGCUCGCCGACGGGAGCAAGCUCCUCCUGACGUGCCGCGACACCGACCUCGCCCGGCUCGGCACGGUGGAGCCGGUGGUGCUCAACCACCUGCAGGAGGAAGAGUACUGGUACUACUUCAAGGCGUUCGCGUUCGGCGGCGCGGACCCGCGGGAGCAUCCGCGGAUCGCGGCGGUGGCGCGGGAGAUCUCCGAGCACCUGGAGCGCACGUUCCUGGACGCGCGGGUGCUCGGCACGCUGCUCAAGGCCAACUUCGACGCCCGGUUCUGGCGCAGGGUGCUCGCGGCCAUCGUCAAGUGCGAGCGGCGGCCGCUCCACGUCGGCGUGCUGCUCGAGCUCCUGCCCGUGCGCGGCAGGCUGCAGUCGUACGGAUACUGCAGGAGCCCGCCCAAGUUCACCGUGCAGGACGUGCUCAGCGCGCGAGCUGCUGGUGAUCGCGAUGGUGAUUCGGAGGAAGGCUUCACCAUCCACCUGUGCAGGGAGACCCUGUACAUGGAUCACUGGUACAGCAUCACUUUCAAGAACGAUGGGGUGCCGCCUCCGCACGCUGUGACGACCUAGCUACAAGAGACUUGUGUGGUUGGUCGCAUUAGGCACAGCGAGCGGCAGUGCAUGGGUGCAUAGGCCUUGCCUUGUACUGGUCCUACGACUGGGUCGGACAAUCUGGUCGUACGCAGAACACUCCCCUUUGUGUAAUCGUGCACCUAGUUUCGAAGAUUAUUUCUUCUGGAUGCAAAGCCACCUAGUUUCUUCUAGGUUUGUCUAUAUUUUUAAGAUCCAGGCAAUGCAAUUAGAGAUACAUAUUACUAGCACGAAAGCAAAGAUAACAUGGCAUAUAUAUUGUGGCAUUAUAGUCUAAAUACUGCACAAAAUUGCAAGUAAUUUGAUUGGGAGCUGAUGAGCUUCGAGAUGCAAUUCCGGGCACAGUAAGCGGAGGUAG